AUGAAUAAGUUAUUGGAGUUUGGGAAGAAAGCCCUGUUUUAUGCUAGGGUGCUUUCUGGAUAUGAAGAGCGGAGAAUUCGGAAGUUUAGGAUGCAGCUUGAACAACGCGUCCAACAGGCACAAGCAAAGAAAGCAGCCAUAAAUAAAGUACCUGAGCAGAUCAUUUUAUCUGAAGUUCGUCGUAUGGUUGAAGAAAUGCAAGCUUUGAACAAGAAGCUCGAAGAAACGGAGGUAGCCAUUGAAGAAUACUUCAAGCCUCUUGACAACGAGGCUGAGUUUUUAAUGAAAAUGCAACUAGAAGGGGAAGAGAAAACUUCGGAGAUGAUGAUGAAAGCACUACAGGAACAAGCUAUGCGGCGACAAGCUGAAGCAGAAAAAAGUACAAGUGUUCAUCAAACAGAAAGUGUUGAAACCAACCAGAAGGAACCCGAAACUCUGGUGAAAACCAACCAGAAGGAACCCGAAACUCUGGUGAAAACAUAUAUAGGAGAGGAAGAAAAACAUUUGAAGGACAAUAUGCAUUAA